GCCAACUGGCCGCAGGGUUCCGUCCAGAAAGCAAACACCAGAGAACCGUUAUUGCUUCAGUGGAUUCUGAAAUGUGCUCCCAUCCAUAAACACGAGGGAGAUUUCUCUCUCACUCGCUUUUACUCUCUCUCCCUUCUCAAAAUAUAUCUCCAGCAUGUCGAAACGCUCUCGCAGCGUGUCCCGAAGCCCUUCGGCUGGGCCAUCUUUAGACCCUAGAUCAAGAUCUUCAUCCCCAGCAUCAUCGGCCACCUCCCUGGGACGCGCCAAAUCCCGCCUCUUGGAUCCAGGCAACCCGGUCUCGACGGUGAUGCGUUGUUCCUUACCACCUCACCGGGGAGCCCUGUCAUUCGCCUCCUACGAAGACUAUGAGGUCCACUAUUUGCAAACCCACGUCAAUCGAUGCGCAGAGUGCGGGAAGAACUUCCCCACGGGCCAUUUCCUGAGCCUGCACAUCGAAGAGAACCACGAUCCUUUGACUGCGGCGAAAAGAGACCGAGGAGACAAGACCUACGGAUGCUUCAUCGAGGACUGCGAGAAGAAAUGCUCAACGCCGCAGAAGCGUAGAAUGCACUUAACCGACAAGCAUAUGUUUCCCAAGACGUACAAUUUCUACAUUGUGAAUGAUGGCAUCGAUAAGUCGACUUCUUUACUGCGACCAACGACCCAGCCUCGGCAUCGCAUACCGAACACCCCUACUUCGCCCCAAGAGGGUCGGCUGAGGUACCGAAAGACUUCUGUGUCCAAUUCAGACCCUUCUUCGGAACCGACAUCUGCGCAAAACAUAGCACCUCAGCAGAAAUCAGAGACCGACGUAUCUCAACUUGAACGUUCCAUGUCCGCUCUGCGAUUUGUCCCGGCAAGUGUCACGCAAAGAGGGAAAGCCAAAAAUUAAUUCCUGACUCGGGUGGAUACGAAAGUGAAGCUUGGAGAUCAGAUGAUGAGAUUAUUUACUGUAGAUAUAGUCCCAGAAGCCACGAUAAGCAAC